UUCUUCGUCUUCUUAUUUGUCUUUUCAUUUGUUUCUUUCUUCAAAGCUUCAUUUGCUUUUGAAUAUAAACUGUAUAUUUAUGUACUAUAUAUUUCAUAUCCCUAAGUUCCAUUUGAUCAACCACAUGACUUUAUUAAUACCCACAAGGUUACUGCUUUCUUCUUUAAUUAGCUAGCUAGCUAGGAGCUUAUGUUCAUGCGGAAAUUAGGAGAAAGAGAGGGAUAGAAGUAAGAACAAUGGCGGAAUUGCUUAGAGAGAGAAUGGACGGUAAUGAUCGGGUCGUGAGACGACGAAAGAGUUUAACUCAACGGUUAGGAUUCACCGGAUCCAUUGCAUGUUGUGGGACAACUUUGUGUCUCAGACCAGCUUCGUUAAGUGUGAUGGACGACGACGAGCCACCUCCGGAUGCGGCGGAAUUAGGCCGUGAAACACCGCCGGAGAUAGAGUCAGUUAAUAUUUUAUGCUUGGCUGAUCAUAUUACUACGGGUUCCGGGAUGAACUUAGCGGCGGCGUUGCUGGCGGAGCGUAAUUUUAGAUCGGCCCAAGAUUCUGAUGGACCAGGCCCAAAUACAAGCCCGUUAAGAUCCAACGAAGAUGGGCCGUACAGGGUGUCGUUGAUGAGAUUGUUGGAGGAAACGAACGGGUGGGAUGAGAAGGAAGAAUUAGGGGUGGGUAAUGAUAGGGUGUGCUGCGUGUGCAUGGGAAGGAAAAAAGGAGCAGCAUUCAUACCAUGUGGACACACAUAUUGUAGGGUGUGUUCAAGAGAGCUUUGGUUAAACCGAGGUUGUUGUCCCCUCUGCAAUAGAUCCAUUCUUGAGAUCCUCGACAUUUACUAAACAAAAACUCAUGGAUUGUUAUUGUGUUGACAAUCCUCAUCAAACUGAGCAAAUGGAUUUUGACUUUAUGAAAUUGUGACCUUCAUUUGGUACAACGGAAAGUAGUACUAAUAAAAUUGUUACUCUCUCUGUAUGUCCCUAUUUACUUGUUUAUAUUUUCUCUUCUA